AUGGAGGCGGCUGGCAGCUGGGCGCUGCUGCUGCUGCUGCUCCUGCUGCUGCUGCUGCUGACGCUGGCGCUGCCCCGGGUGCCAAGCUACCUGCCCCCGGGACCCAGGCCGCUGCCGCUGCUGGGAAACCUGCUUCAGCUCCGUCCCGGGAGGCUGUACCCCGGGCUUCUGCGGCUGAGCGAGAAAUACGGGCCGGUGUUCACCGUGCACCUGGGCCCCUGGCGGCGCGUGGUGGUCCUGGUGGGGCAUGAGGCCGUGCAGGAGGCCCUGGGAGGUCAAGCUGAGGAUUUUGCUGGGCGGGGAGCACUGGUGACGCUGGACCCGACUUUUGAUGGCCAUGGGGUCUUCUUUGCCAAUGGGGAGCGGUGGCGGCAGCUGAGGCGGUUCACCACGCUGGCCCUGCGGGAUGUGGGCAUGGGAAAGCGAGAAGGCGAGGAGUUGAUCCAGGCAGAGGCCCAGAACCUGGUGGAGGAACUGCUGAAGACCCAAGGACGUCCCUUUGACCCCUCCCUGCUGCUGGGCCAGGCCACCUCCAACAUUGCCUGUUCCCUCCUCUUCGGCUUCCGCAUGCCUUACGACGAUGAAGAGUUCCAGGCUGUGGUGAGGGCGGCUGCGGGUACCCUGAGGGGGACCAGCUCCCCGUGGGCCCAGACCUACGAGAUGUUCUCCUGGUUCCUGCGGCCCCUGCCCAGCCCCCAGACACAGCUGCUCCUCCGCCACCUGGGCACCCUGGCUGCCUUCACCGUGCGGCAGGUGCGCCGGCACCAGGAGGGCCUGGACGCCACAGGCCCCGCCCGUGACGUUGUGGAUGCCUUCCUGCUGAAGAUGGCCCAGGAGGAGCGAGACCGAAACACAGAAUUCACGGAGAAGAACCUGCUGAUGACCGUCACUUACCUGCUGUUUUCUGGCUCGUCCACGGUCAGCGCCACCAUCUGCUAUGCCCUGCUCCUGCUGCUGAAGUUCCCUCAGGUUCACAAGCGUGUGCAAGAAGAGCUGACGCGGGAGCUGGGCGCAGGCCGGGCACCAGGCCUGGCGGACCGUGCCCGUCUCCCCUACACCGAUGCUGUACUACACGAAGCCCAGCGGCUGCUGGCGCUGUUGCCCAUGGGCGUGCCCCGUGCGCUCACGCGAACCACCUGCUUCCGAGGGUACACCCUGCCGCAGGGCACGGAGGUCUUCCCCCUCCUUGGCUCUGUCCUGCAGGACCCCACGGUCUUUGAGCAGCCGGAACAGUUCAACCCUGACCGCUUCCUGGAUGACGAGGGACGGUUCCGGAAGCACGAGGCAUUCUUGCCCUUCUCCCUAGGUAAGCGUGUGUGCCUCGGCGAAGGCCUGGCCCGUGCAGAGCUCUUCCUGCUGUUCACGGCCAUCCUUCAGGCGUUCUCCCUGGACAGCCCGUGCCCGCCGACAGCGCUCAGCCUCCAGCCUGCUGUCAGCGGCCUCUUCAAUGUCCCCUCCACCUUCCAGCUGCAAGUGCGGCCCCGCUGA